CUAAAUUAUGAAUUUCCCGGGACAUUCUUGAUAUUUUGCCCAAGAAUUCUGAACUCAGGAGGAGAGAAUCAGCAGCCGUUGAGGAAUUAGAGGAGUUUGUUAGCUAUUCCCUGCGGAUGAGAACGCUUAAAGACUUCAAUUUUAUGAAUUUCUUCCAAUCCACAGCCCGCUCCAAUCACUUCGAACCAAAACCAAGAUUGCGAGCUCUUCUUCUUCUACCCCGAAUCACUUGGUAGCCCUCUCCUAUCCGAUUGCUUUUCCCAAUGAGGUCCACUGCAGCCGCCUCUGCUUCUUCUUGCUUCGGCAAAAUGCUGCGGCUUGUGCACUCCUUUAGCGAACAUAUGCAUAAACCACCCGUCAAAUUUCCCAUCUCUCCAUUCCAUUUUUCCACCCUUUUUCGUAACACUCCCUUCUCCAAGAACUCCUGCGCUCCCCUCUCCGUCAACUGGAAUUUCCGUCCCGACCUCUGCCCCAAGCCUCUCUUCUGGAAUUUCUAUCACGACCACCACUUGGACAGCCUGCCCGAUGCUGACGCCAAGGCUGAGGACCGAUCACCAUGCAAUGUGAAGCUCCUCUGCAGCUUUGGCGGCAAGCUCAUCCCCCGUGGCAAUGACGGAAACCUGCACUAUGUUGGCGGACAAAAACGGAUUUUUUCCGUCCACCGUGAUACCGCAUUUCAAGAAUUUUAUUUCAAGAUGGAGAAAACAUAUGGCGGCCCUGUCCGUAUCUGCUACCAGCUUCCUGGUCAAAAUUUAAACAUACUUGUCUCGGUUGGCACUGCUGAGGAUUUGGAGCACAUGAUGGACGAAUUUGACUCUCUCUCAAAAGACUGCAAUCAUAAAUCCGCUAAGCUUCGAAUUUUUCUCUUCCCCCCAUUCGACCCAGAACACCGUUCAGCUGGGUUAGAACAUAAGGCUUCUAAUGUUAGCAGGCCGAGUUAUAUCGACGCAACCAAUGAAGCACUCGCUUUUGAUGCAAACACCCUCAUAAGACAUUCGAAAGCCAACACUAAACAAGCUACCAUCACAAGAAACUCAAAUGCUAGAGGUGAAGCAUUCAUCAAUGAUGCAUUGGAGAGUCAGAAUUUUCGAAUCCGUUCGAAUGUUGUUGGCACAAGAAAUGUAGCCACACAAACUGAAGAAGACAUAGAAAGACCCCACUUGCAUCAACAACAACAGGGUGAUUCAACCUCGCUCUUCAGUGAUCAAGACCCUUGGAAAAUCUUUGGGUUUCAGCUUUCAAACUUAUAGAACAAUCACAGUCAUAAUAUAUUAAGAUCUAAA